AUGGUAGUGCGCAGACUUGUCUGGGAGGAUAAAAGCACUGACUCGACACAUCGGCUAGCCCCGCAAGUCAUUGUAUGGGCCAGUUACAGACAACAGUUCUCGCAUUCCGCGCCACUGUUGAUCGACCGUACGUGGCUCGUUCGGUUGUUACUCUGCAACAUUUCUGAUCGUGCUCUUCAUCUUAAACUGAAGAGCAACGCUUUACCUGCCAGAAGUGCUCAAACAGCUCCACAUGCACAAGUCCGACUGGUUCUUACCUGGACAAGACCUCCACAGUGUGAACAUUGGCGAGAUGUACCGCCACCGAAACUGCUUAUUCUUACGAAAUUUUUGGACUCCUCUAGUGGAGCCGAUUCAUCGCAGACUUCUAUUCGGCUUAUUGCACGCGUAUGCUCUACGAAAACAUGCUACGCUUCCAAUCCACCUGUGGAGCAGUUUCCUCUAGAUGCUGCUGGUAAAACGGAGAAUAUGGAAGUAUCCUCACUUGUGCAGGACACAGGGCUUCGCACACCGGAAAAGAGUCAGGAGCUGCAGUCUGCGCGAGCUGUUGAUGCGAGAAACAACCUUGCAGAUUUUCUCAACGGAUUCACAGAUACUACUAGAUAA